UAUACAUUUAUUAUAUUUAUACAUUUAUUAUAUUUAUACAUUUAUUAUAUUUAUAUAUUUAUUAUAUUUAUACAUUUAUUAUAUAAUGGAUGUGACACUGCAGAAACAUUGUGCAAAGUUUAUAUAUGCCGUACCUGAUGGGUUACAUGAGUUGAUGAGUGAUAUUUCAAGAGAGGUUUUAAGAUUCCAACCCGAGGACAUUUACACAUUUAUUGCUGAUUAUUUAGAUGCUCUACUUAUCACCAGAGAAAACGCCAGAGUUGCAUCAAGGUUAGUAACUACAAUAACUCGAAUUGCGAUUACCACUGUUGAUUUACUGGAGCAAACGGGUAUGAGAUACGAGGAGGCAGACAGAGUGGUUUCUGUAAUUCAAGAAGUGUUCAGGAGACACAUGGACAUCAAACCUUCAGACAAUUUAUCUAGCAACGAUGACCUCGAUGAGGAAAAUGUUGUGACUGAAAUCAUCUGUCUGUCCAGCGUACCUUCAUAUAUAGCCGAUGAAGCGGGAUUGAUCAUACAAAAGGCGUAUCAAAUGUUUAAGGAAAGGAAACAAUUUGAAAGGAACCUUUUGGAGAACAUGCUGGAUUGGAGAGUUGCUGCUCGGAGUGCCAUUCACCUUUAUAGAAAAACAGGAGUCAGUAAGGAAGAAGCUGACAGAGCAGCAACAUUAAUAAAGGCUGCGUAUAAAGGUUAUUACACUAGAAGGCAAAUCAGCAAAUGGUGUGAAAUGGAAAAAGCACAUCCUCAAAAAGAUAUAACUAAUGUCGAAUUUCUCAAUCAAUCAGAUGAAAAUGAAGAGCUUAGGGAAGACAGCAUUGGCAAUUAUAGAAAAAUUGCAAAAUAUUCUGUGUGCGACGAAGAGGUAACAGAAUAUGAAAUACCCACCUUAGCAUUCAGUCUUGAUGAGGAUACUUCUGCUGAUCAGAAUGAAAUUACAAAGUCUCUUACUACAAGCGAGGUUGAAACUGAAGAAGUUCCAGUAACUUCCAUAACAGCACCAGAAGGUACAGCACAAGUUGAAACAGAUGAAGAUAUUUCUGGAGCACCGCUUUCGAAUAUUUCGAGUCUUGAAGAGGAAAAUUAGCUUUAUAACUAUAUUUAUAUUAUAUUAUACAAUAAAAUAUUUAUUACAGAAGUAUUUAGCUGAUAUCCACAUGAAUAAAAAUCGUUUUGAAUAUUUU